AAUUACAGAGAGACGGAAUCUGUCCGUCUUCUUCUUCCCUUUCCCCAUCUCCCCCUUUCUUCCUUCUUCUCUCUCUCUUACUUCUCUGCGCGUCUUCUUCAUAAUGGGGAAAGAGACGGAUCCAAACCCUAAAGACAAGAAGCUCCUAUUCCGUCUCAUUUGGAACUUCUCCGCCGAGCUCAAGGUCACUUUCAUGGCUUUGGUCGUUCUCUUCGCCUUUGCCACUCUCCUCCCUUUCUUCCCUUCCUCUUUCUCCUUCUCCGCCUCCGAUCUCCGCUUUUGCAUCUCCCGCAUCGUCGCCGCGACUCCCGUCAAUACUACCGCCGGAGAUUCCUCUCCUCCGCCCCAGGUGACGGAGCCGGACCGGGUGAUAAGUAACGGCGUUAUCAAACGGUCCUUCACCGGCGUCGGCUGGGCUGCGUAUAACUUCGUCUCCAUGGGCGCUUACAGAGGCGGCGUUAACAGCUUCGCCGUUAUCGGCCUCUCGUCGAAGCCGCUCCAUGUCUAUGGCCAUCCCUCCUACAGCUGCGAGUGGGUCCCUAGCGACCCGACCCGGGAGCGGAUUCGGGCCGACUGGUACAAGAUCCUACCCGAUUGGGGCUAUGGUCGCGUUUACACUGUUGUCGUCGUCAACUGCACUUUCCCGUUAAUCUCCGCCGUUAACGGCGAUAACUCUGGCGGGACUCUCCUCCUCCACGCGACCACCGGAGAUGCCGAUCGGAACGUCACCGACACGAUCCCUGUAUUGUCGGAGAAGCCAAACGCCGUCGAUUUCGAGCUCUACAACUCCACGCUCCAUCGUCCCAAGUACGAUUACCUCUACUGCGGCUCGUCCCUGUACGGAAACCUCAGCCCGCAGCGCGUGAGGGAGUGGAUCGCGUACCACGCUCGUCUAUUCGGCGAGAGGUCUCACUUCGUGUUCCACGACGCAGGUGGGGUCCACGAGGAGGUGUUGGAGGUGCUGCGGCCGUGGAUGGAGCUCGGGCGCGUGACGGUGCACGACAUUAGGGACCAGGAACGGUUCGAUGGGUAUUACCAUAACCAGUUCAUGGUGGUGAAUGAUUGCUUGCACAGGUACAGGUUCAUGACGAAAUGGAUGUUCUUCUUCGACGUGGAUGAGUUCAUCUACGUACCGCCUAAGAACACUAUCGCGUCGGUGAUGGAAUCCAUGGAGAAAUAUUCUCAGUUCACCAUCGAGCAGAUGCCUAUGAGCAGCGAGCUCUGUUUCUCCGGCGACGGUCCGGCGAAAACUUACAGGAAAUGGGGAAUCGAGAAACUGGCGUACAGGGACGUGAAGAAGGUCCACCGACGGGACAGGAAGUACGCUGUCCAACCGCGGAGCGUGUACGCGACGGGCGUCCACAUGUCGCAGAAUCUGGAGGGGAAAACGACCCACAAAGUCGAGGGGAAGAUCCGAUACUUCCAUUACCACGGCUCCAUCUCGCAGCUAAUAAAGAAACAAGGAUGGUAA